CACCGGUGACGUCAGUAGGUCCAGCAGCGAGAUAGGAACUGGCCCAGAGUUAAGGCCUGAGCCCCCGGAGCCCGAGCGAAGCCGGAUAUGAGGUGACCGGAGUGUGUGACGGAGCCGCGGGGCAGACCCGGGGGAAGGAGAGGUCAGUGGAGGCGGUGGCUACAGAAGCAGAGGAGUCGGGGGAGGCCUCCGGGGCCGGGAAAGUGACAGGACUGUCCGGGAUAUUGUCCCUGUUCCGCCAUGGACGAGCAGGAAGCUCUGAAGUCCAUUAUGAAGGACCUUGUUGCCCUCCAGUUGGGCAGAAGACAGCGAAUACCUGGAAUUGAACCAGUGAAGACCAAGUGCAACAUACCGCCCAAUAAACAGGCCGAUGUCAGAAUAAAGUUUGAGCACAGUGGGGAGAGAAGUAUUCCUUUUCUCUCACCGCAGCUCUCCAUUCCGCUCCGAAGUCAGGAUGAUCUGGACAAGGCCGUGGAUCUCCUAGACCGGAGUUCCAGUAUGAAAAGCCUCCGGAUUUCAUUGUUUUCCCAUGAUCGCAAUCAUAUCUCCUCAUCCCAUACUGGUAUCCAGAAGCAAGUGCGUAUCAAGGCCUCUCAGUCUGUGGGGGAUGUCAGCACUGUGUAUCACCCAGCAGAACCACGGAGCCGGCAUCUCUCAGUCACUUCUCAGAACACAGGCCGCAGCUCCCCUCCUCCUGGAUACGUACCUGAAAGGCAGCAAAGAAUUGCCCGUCAGGGUUCUUACACCAGCAUUAACAGCGAGGGAGAGUUCAUACCAGAGACCAAUGAGCAAUGUGCACUGGACCCACUAAGUAGUACAGAAAAUUCCAUAUCCGGAAGCUGCCAGUCACUAGAUCAGUCGGAAGACAGCCCUUCCUUUAGGAAGUCACGGAUGUCCAGAGCCCAGAGUUAUCCGGAUAAUAGGCAAGACUUUUCAGAUCGUGAGAAUCAAUUCUGUGAUCGAGCUGGGAAGGGUGGCACCUACCCUCGGAGGUACCAUGUGUCCAUCCAACACAAAGAGUAUAAUGAUGGACGCAGGACAUUUCCUCGGAUACGGCGUCCGCAAGGAAACCUUUUUACACUUGUCCCAUCAAGUCGUUCCCUGAGCACCAACGGAGAAAACCUUGGUUUGACUGUGCAGUAUAUGGAGAAUCGUGGUCGGCUGCGCAAUGCUGAUAGUGAAAAUACCCUGACUGUCCAGGAGAGGAAUAUAUCUAGCAAAUCUCCCAGUGCCCCUAUAAACUGGCGUCGAGGGAAGCUUCUUGGUCAGGGAGCCUUUGGACGGGUAUAUCUUUGUUACGAUGUGGAUAUAGGACGUGAGCUGGCAGCCAAGCAAGUCCAGUUUGAUCCAGACAGUCCGGAGACUAGCAAGGAGGUUAGUGCUUUGGAAUGUGAAAUCCAACUGCUAAAAAACCUUCAUCACGACCGAAUAGUACAGUAUUAUGGCUGCCUGCGAGACAAAGGAGAGAAAACACUCACCAUCUUUAUGGAGUACAUGCCAGGGGGCUCUGUGAAAGACCAGCUAAAAGCUUAUGGGGCUCUUACAGAGAACGUCACCCGCAGAUAUACACGACAGAUCCUAGAGGGUGUCUCCUACCUGCACAGCAACAUGAUUGUGCACAGGGACAUUAAGGGAGCCAACAUCCUGCGGGACUCUGCUGGGAAUGUGAAGCUGGGAGACUUUGGGGCAAGUAAGCGUCUUCAGACUAUAUGCAUGUCAGGGACAGGAAUCCGCUCAGUGACAGGGACACCCUAUUGGAUGAGCCCAGAAGUAAUCAGCGGGGAGGGCUACGGAAGAAAAGCUGAUGUCUGGAGCCUGGGCUGCACGGUGGUGGAAAUGCUAACAGAAAAACCUCCUUGGGCUGAAUAUGAAGCGAUGGCGGCCAUAUUUAAAAUCGCCACCCAGCCAACCAACCCACAGCUGCCGCCAAAUACUUCAGAGCAAUGUCGGGACUUUGUAAAGCGAAUAUUGGUGGAAGCAAGACAGAGGCCGUCUGCCGAAGAACUGCUUCGGCAUCCGUUUGCUCAGCUAACAUUUUGAGUCUCUGGAAUCGCGGUUUCCGUCUUGUUUAUUGGACCUUCUCGGGAUGCCAUUCAAUCAAGCAGCCAGAUUUCAGAUUUGCGUUUAUGGCAAUCAUCCCCGUGCUGUAUCUAGAGCAGGUUCUAGAGCCAGCAGCUGGGGAGACACGAUCAGUGUUAGAGCAUCGGAGCAAUUGUUUCAUUCCAUCUCCUACAUUUAGGAGCCCACAAGUGUCAAACUGGGUGUCCUUACCCAUCACAAGACAAAUCUGGUAACUGAGUUUAUAAAAGCUGUGGACCAAUGGAAGCUGUGUCCAAUUGCUACAUAAAGGGCACACUCCUGCUUCCCAGACAAGUGCCUUAAAUAACUCCUUCCAUGCCAGGGAUGCCAAGUGACUCUGGCCAGACGGGCCUUUUUUUGAUGUAUCUCGAAAACGAAAAUUUAAGCUUGAGCAUACUGAAAUAAGAAACUUUGUAAAUACAAUCGAUUAAAUAUUCUGCAUUGUUUCUGAAAUAAUCAAGUUUAUCAUCCCAUUCCC